AGACUUGUGAUCUCUCGAUUUGUUGUUUCCGUCGCCGUCCAUGAAAGAUGGGUACUGGAAUCAACAGAGACAGUACCAGCCUCCAUUGUCGUCGACCCCUCACGGUGGUCCUCCUAAACGUCACCGUUCUGACUUCGAAGGUACACAAUAUGUGAUGCCUUUAGGCGAUAUGCACAGUUAUUUAUCUCGGGAUGAGGAUCGAGGUAUCCCUCAUUCAGUAAAGGAUACCAGAACUAUUGGAUCAGUUUAUGACCGCUACCUGCAGAGUGUGAGAAGUGGAGAUCCUAUUGUUCUUUGUUUUGUUAAUUUUGAAAACCCUGCCUGUGCAGCAACUGCUCUGAGCGCUUUGCAAGGCUAUCGAAUGGAUGAAGAGGAAUCCGAUUCCAAGAUUUUGCGGCUCCAAUUUUCCGAAUCCCAGGUCCAAGACCAGGACAACGUGGAGGAAGAAGGUGAUCAGUAAGUGACAUUUGAGGUACAUCGACCAAAUGGUAGCUUAUUGUUUCGUGCUUCCAUCUUCCCUCCGGGAACCCAAACACACUUGAUCAUAUGCUCAAGGAGUAGUCUCACUCAAAGCAACAGAGAUAUAUGGAGAGACAAAAGAGUCUAGGAGAUGAGGUGAUUGGAACCUAAAGUUUUUCUCUCUCACUUCAUUUUAUUUUUCCAUCUCCUGGAUAGAUUUUGUGCAUGAUCUUAUCAAUGCUAUCAAUCAAAGCCCGAAAAUUUA